AUGUCAACUAAUAUCCCAAACGGGUUGAAGCCCGCAGAUAUCAACCGCUUUGCCACUCGAGCUCGUCAGGUCGAGAAGGCAAAGCCCGUGAUAUGGUAUUGGUGCAAUUACUGGAUUGUCAACCAGAUAUUGUCCAAGAACCUCCACCACUCCGAUGCAGAAUGUUUAAAUUUUACCACCGGACUUAUGGACAAAUUAGAGCAGUUCAAAGCUCAGCAUUCAGAUAAUGAUGCUGUAACGGAUGAUACGGCCGGUCAGGCAUAUGUGGAACAAUUUGGAUUAGAGACCUUUCACAGAGCCGAUAACGCUGUGCAAGCAAACAGGGCGUCACUGCAAACGGCAGAUACAUUCCAGGCAGCUGCAACUUUCUUGGAGCUCUGCCAGAUAUGGGGCCAAGUUGACCCUGAGAUUGCUGCUAAGAUAAAGUUCGCUAAAUUCCACGCUUUACGCAUUGCGAAGGCUGUCAAAGCUGGAGAGGAUCCGAACCUCUCCAAUCCAGAAAAGAUGGAGAACGAAGGUGGCCUUCCAAUGGAGUCGAAUAGCCCCAGCGUCGAGAAACCACAGGAUGCUGAGAUGCCUGCGCUCAGAAGAAUGCGGCAGCCGUCUGUGGAGGAAGUGCCCGAUGAAUCUGAUAGCGUUCAGCGCCGCUUAGCAGCACAAUCAUCGGCGGACGAAUCUAUCCAUCCAUCCAGAUCAUCAUCUAGACCCCCUGCUCACACUGAGAACCUACCUCAACCACCCAGCGGACCUCCUAGUAACAUACCGAGUCCUACAAUCCCCGGCAUGAUGAAUCUUGACGGGGACCUACGUCAAAGGCCCUCCCAUCUCUCCCAAGCUACAGUUCCUGACCUCCCAGCUGCACCAUCAGACUUCCCACAGGGUUCACCCAUCUCCGGCGUCGGGACGCCGGCAAACCUAGGCGCACCGCCAGAGGCAUUUCCCUCGCUAAACACCUUCCAAUCGUUUCCUCCUCCAGCAGUAGCCUCCCACGAAGCGCCGCCAUCCCCGCGAGCCUCGUCGCCUAAGGAGUUCGAGAGGAUUGCUCAUGCGCGAAAGCCAUCGAUAACUCCAUCUACAGUUCCUCCACCACCAAAGCCAGUGCCGCCCAUGCCGGCGUAUACCUCGACCACUGGUAACUCAGUCGUUGAUGAGGAUUCGAUGGCGCAGGCACAAAAGCAUGCUAGAUGGGCGGUGUCCGCAUUGAAUUUUGACGACGUGAAUACAGCGGUCAAGGAGCUAAGGAAUGCUUUAAGGCUGCUUGGCGCAAGAUGA